AUGGACGAUGAUGACAAACAAUAUCUGUUGGACGCAGUUCAUAGCGUGAUUAAUAUCCUUGAUAGAUUUAUGCAGUCAGGAGAUACUUCGAUCGAUUUCCAAAGACUUUUAUUAAAACUAGACUAUCUCCAACGGUUGCUCGUGAAUUUGGAUGUCGAUGAUUCAGUUGUUGAACGUGUACAACAAGCAUCAAAUAUUUUGUUUAAUCUUGACCAAGCAAACAACGGGAACACAGAAUGUAGCGAAACAGUGCCAGUAGUAAACUGUGGAAGGAGAGGCCGACCAAGUUUCGAUAUCAAGGAAGACCAAUUAUCAUUUCUUGUAGAAAAGGGAUUUAAAGUAGCCGAUAUAAGCAAGGUGAUCGGAGUUAGCCAACGGACAAUUGAACGAAGGAUGGCAAUGUUUGGACUUUCUAUUGCAGGUACUCAUUGCUGUAGUAUCAUUUAUUUGCUUAAAAGUUUGACAUUUGACAAUAAAAACUCUUGUCUUGAGCAUUGUUUUAAUAUUUUCAUAAAAAACCUCUGGAGCUGCCCACCCUCACAAUUGCAAUCCCAUGCACACAAAGGUAUUAAUCUGUAAACCCCGUGCUAUAUAUUUUGAAGAUAUUUUAAAUUAAAGUGCUUAUGGAACGAAAUUUUUACCUCAUUUUUUAUUGUUUUUCUAAAAAGUAUUGCUGGAAUGAUGAAGAAUGACCUUUACAGUCUCUUCAUAUCUCAUCUUUUUCUCAAGUUGUCGCAGUUUCUAUAUUUAUAUGUCACAAGUAUGACCCGAGAUAAUGGCAAUAUUACAAAAAAGUCUUAUAUCUUAGUGGGUAUUUAAUAAUAUUUAAUGAAACUUCGAGGGAGUGGUCAUUACUUAUGGGAGGGGGGGGGGGGAAAUUGGAGGGGGUUGGGGCAAACAAAGUAAUACCCUUAUAAAUAGGGGGUCAAAAAAGUUUUAACACAGAGAAAGGGGGGGAGGAUCAAAAAAAUGUUUGAACUUAAAUACCAUGUCUAAAAAGACGACUCUGAAAACGCCAUUUCCAACGAUCUAGAGACUCAGAAUUUUCAAAAUUUCCCUGCUCGGCACCAACCAUGGUAACACCUUGUGGGAGUCAGGCCCACUAAGUUUAACAAGCUUUCAACCCCCUGAGUAACCCAGUUGUGGUAUUUACAUAAACAUACCACACUUAACUGCAUAGAUGCAUUUUCAUAUUUUUUACUGGGGUGGUGCCAGAAAUUUCAGGGAGGUGAGCCGUGAGCAGGUGACUGAAGCAACACAAAGUGUCACCAAACCCCAGUAAGGUCUAUAUUCUAGGGGUGGAGCACUAGAGCCACAAGGGGGAGUCUAGAGAGCAGAAAACAAAGUAUCCCUGGAAAAAAUCAUGAUUUCUAGCUUUGAAAAAACGUUUUUUGAAGUUGUCAUAUCCAUGGAUUUGGCCUGUCCGAUUGUCUGUUGAGACUUGAGAGAGUUAAAGUUAAAUGAACCUGUAAAAGUGUAAACCCAAUAGACCAAUUACACAAUAUGCUUUCACUUUAAAAAGUCAUUGACAUUGUGUCAUUUGAAUCCGAGUACAAUUUAUGAUGCAACUCCGAUGUAAAUAAUAUUUGGGGCAUAAGAUUAAAUCUAGGCAAGACUAUUUCCUAAAAGAAUUAAAAACUAAAAAUAAUGUUUGUAAAAAUUCCAAAUGUUCCUUGCAAGCAAGCUAUUUGCAUGACAAGGCACUGCAAACUCUAUUAAGGGGAGAUAAUAGAGUUUCAAAAAUUUACAAUUGCUCCAAUAAUAUUGCUUUCUAUUUGAGUGUACUUGUACGUUUAUUUUGUAUCAUCAACACUCUGCACGUUGGAGUGGAUUAUUUAAUUAUUUUUUUAUUAUUCCAAAUAUUGGGGGGGGGGAGGUUUGAAAUUUUUUUGGAGAGGUGGACAUUUUGUUGGGGGGGGGGGUGGUGUUAUAGCUAAUAUUAGGGGCAACACACUAGUCCCCAGUCUCUUCUCUUUCUUUCACAAAUUUCCUCCUGUAUACCUCAUGCAGAGGAUGUUUGCAUGUUAUACUGUAAUGGUUUAAACUGAUCCCAAUACCUACACCUAUUAUAUUAAUAAGCGAAAAUGUCAGGAAUUGCUAUUUAUUUCGCUGGAAAUGGAUCAUAUAGAAAUUGGAAGAGAAGGGACUGGGGACGAGUGUGUUUCCACAACAACCAUAUAAACAAGCCAAAUUAUUUGACUUAGUUGCACCCACUAAGUGUGUAUGCCAAGUUUCAUUGAAUUUAUUAAAUAGUCGCAAAGAUAUCAGACUUUCUUGUUAUUGCCACUAUCUCAAGUCAUACUUGUGACAUCACAACUCAAAAUUUAGAAAGUGUGAUAACUUGGGAAUGAGAUGAGAUACAAAUAAACUGUAAACAUCAUUCUUCAUCAUUUGAGCAGUCCCUUUCCAUAAAAUAAUAAAAAAUGAGGCAAAAAUUUUGUUUUAUAAUCACUUUAUUUUAACUGAAUUUAUUUACUGGUUGAGUCAGUUUUCUUCGAUGUACAUUACUGCAGGAUACACCGUAGAACAUGCGAAUAAAUAAUUAUAUUAAACUUAUUGACAAAACUAUAAAAAUCAUGAUCGAAGUUUUUGAGAUUGAUGAAACUUUGUUUGAAAAACUCUUCAACUAGUAAAUAAGUCUGUUAUAAACCUCAAACUUAGGAUAUAGGUCAUAUAUUUGACUUAUAUUCCUUGUUCUUAGUUUAUAACCUAUACAUACAAAUGAUAACUAUAUGUAUAGAAUGGCUUUGUUUUCAUAUCUAAAGGUACAUUUAGUGAUAUUAGUGAUGAUCAGUUAGAUGAACUUGUUCGCCAAACAUCAAGUGAUCAUCCCAAUUUUGGUAUACGGAUGAUGAAAGGAUACCUGCAAAGCAAGGGAUGGCGUGUGCAACGUGACCGGAUAAGAUGUUCACUGCUGAGAACAGAUCCAAUUGGUCUAAUGCAACGUUGGCAAAAAGCUAUAAAACGGCGUUCAUACAACGUGAAAUAUCCUCGCUCCCUGUGGCACAUUGAUGGGAACCACAAACUUAUUAGGUAUGAUUUUGGUUGCCUAAAAUUGGGGCAAGGUCAUGCCACCCUAAAAUUUGCCAAUUAAUUAACUGCAGCAAAAUAAAAAUUGUAUACCACUGAUACCUUAUUGGACAUUUUUAAUCCCCACUCUGUAAUUUACCGCUUGGUUUGGCUUUGGGUUGUAUAAAUAUACAUGAUUUACAAGGGAAAAUUGUAAACUAAAUGUUUGUUUUAUGCCCUAUUUACUUAAUAUUAAUGACCUUUCACCCCCGUUAAAUAAGUUUGUCGAACUUCUAUUUUAACAACAGUCCCUAACAUUCUAUUAAAAGAGGUUUCCUUCUUGUUUUAGUUGGAGAAUUGUGGUACAUGGAGGGAUAGAUGGCUAUUCCAGAAUGCCUAUAUUCUUGAAAGCAUCCGACAACAACAGGGCAGAAACUGUUCUGCAAUUGUUUCUUGAAAGUGUUGCAGAAUUCGGACUUCCGUCAAGGGUACGUUCAGAUAAAGGUGGGGAAAACGUAGAUGUUGCUGCUUACAUGCUGUUGAUUAUCAUAAGCAGGUUUUAAUGGCGUCGUUGCAUAUUUCAGCUCUGCUCACUUUGUUCAUUGUGACAUUUAGUUUGUACCUCGUAUACUCAGAAAGAUUGACUUACUUUAAUGAUGGAAUUGCUUGUGAUCAUAGAUGUAUUGGGGCCCUUGGCGAUGCCAGGUUGUGGCUAAAGUGUUCAAACUUUGUAAAAUCUUGUCAACACAGACGAGGGUUCUUCAGACGAAAAAUUGGUUAUUACAGCAAUCAUACAGCCGGGUAUCACUUGGAGAAAAUUGAUUUAGUCGGUAUACAUCCUAACCCUGGACCAUUACAAUCUACUGAAUCUAGUGGUAACCGUCAUAAUAUCAGAUGUUUAUAUCUAAAUGCUCGAAGUGUGAUUAACAAGACAAACGAACUUCAAACAUUUGCUAUAGAUUCCGACUUAAUAUGUAUUACGGAAACUUGGCUCAAACCCAAAAAUUUGGAUUGUGAAAUUUUAUCGGUGAAUGAUUUUGCGAUAUAUCGACAGGAUAGACUUGGUACAGUCGGUGGGGGUGUUCUAUGUGCAGUGCGGGACUCCCUACCAAGUUGUCGAAGAAAAGAUCUCGAAACUGGUGUUGAAAUGCUUGCUUGUGAACUUAGACCUAAGAACAGGAAGAAAAUUUUAGCUGCCGUUUAUUACAGACCACCAAAUUCUGAUCUCACUUAUUUGAAAGAAAUUAAAAAGUCGCUGCAGCUCAUUUCGAAAGCCAAGUUUGAUCAAAUACUUAUAUGUGGUGACUUCAAUUUACCUGAUAUGGACUGGUCUACGGGUUUGCCAACAACUGGCGAAGCAAUCCAUAAUUAUUUCUCGAAGACGGUUCGCGACUAUUUUUUGUGGCAAUUGGUCGAUUUCCCAACGAGGAAUGAUAACAUUCUUGACCUAGUGCUUACCAACAUUCCAGAAAAAAUACUGAAUCUCGAAGGUUUUGAUGAUAUACUUGAAACUGACCACAAAAUAUUAAAAUUUGAUUUCAAUUUAAAAAUUCAUCCAAAAACAAAGUCAAAGCGUACUGUGUUCAAUUUUAAGAAUGCAAAUUGGAUAGCCCUUAAAGAACUGCUGAUGCAUACCCCCUGGGACAUGGCCUUUGUUAAGAAUGACAUAAACAAUUCACUUAGUAUCUGGUGUGAUCUAUUUUUUGCUGCUGUCAAUGAACACAUACCUAAAUGUACAAAACGGUGCGUGACUAAUCCGCCGUGGAUUGACACUGAAUUAUUAAAGCUUAUUCGAAAGAAAACACAUCAAAGAAGGAUAGCCAGCCGUACUAAAUUACCUAUUGAAAUUGAAAAAUUCAAAAUCCUAACGCGUAAAACAAAACAAAUGAUCGCCAAAAAACGCAAGGAUCACGCUUAUAAAAUUCGGGAUUCUCUUGUGGAAAACCCAAAAAGGUUUUGGGCGCUCAUUAAAUCAUCUACAAUAACAAAACCUAUACCAAAAUUUCUUAGAGAUGGUCAACUGUUUGUAACAGACAAUAAAGCUAAAGCAGAAUUAUUAAACAAAUACUUCCACUCUGUAUUCGCUACACCUGACCAACAUCAGCCACUGCAAUCUCAAUUAUCAGACGUUGUUACACAAAGGACCGUUAGAUACGCUGAUCGUCUGUCGAACAUUGAAUUGACGGAAAGCGAAGUCGCCAAUGUGCUUAAGAGCUUGGAUCCUAAUAAGGCUUGUGGCCCGGGUGGAAUACCGAACAGACUUCUUCAGAACGUGUCGACCGAAAUUGCACCAUCCCUAUGCAAGCUAUUUAACUUGUCGCUAUCCCAGGGGGUUGUUCCUUCAGAAUGGAAGUUAGCAAAUCUUUCGCCGAUUUUAAAAACCGACGACCCAACAGUCUCCUCCAAUUAUAGACCCAUCUCGCUCCUAAAUACAAUUUCCAAGGUACUCGAACGCUGUGUAUUUAAUCAUUGUAGUAAGCAUCUGGAGCCUCAGAUAUACCAUUUACAGCAUGGUUUCAUGAAGGGUCGAUCAACAGUAACACAACUUGUUGAGGUCUAUGAUGAUAUUGUAAACUCUGUCGCAAGUGGAAAGGAGGUAGAUGUGUUGUAUCUUGAUCUAGCCAAAGCAUUUGACAAAGUGCCUCAUAAUUUGUUACUCUUGAAACUUCAGUUGCAUGGUAUCACAGGUCCACUAUUGUUAUGGAUGAAGAGUUAUCUUUCUGAACGAAAACAGAGGGUUGUCCUGGAGGGUGCUUCUUCUGAUUGGCUACCAGUAACAUCAGGCGUGCCACAGGGCUCCAUUCUAGGACCUUUGUUGUUUUUGGUUUAUGUGAAUGAUCUACCAAGUUGCAUUAUUAAUAACUCGAAUAUUGCACUUUUCGCUGAUGACUCGAAAUUGUAUCGGGCGAUGGACAUAAAUUAUGACCAUAACUUACUUCAAGCCGAUUUAGACUGUCUACAUACAUGGAGCCUCAGUUCGGGAUUAGACUUCAAUUCGCGGAAAUGCAAAGUAUUACAUAUUUCAAAGAAAAGGUUAACUCGGGAAAUGAAUAGAAAUUACAGUCUUGGUGACCAACCGAAUGAGUGUGUGCCUUCAUUUGUCGACCUCGGGAUUACUAUAUGUCACAAUUUAUCCUGGGCAGAUCAUAUUGAGAAAAUUGUUGUUAAAGCUAACAGGACCCUUGGGCUAAUGAAAAGGAUUUUCCGUGAUUUGCAAGAUAUACAAACUAGAAAAAUAAUAUACUGUGCUCUUGUACGACCCAAGCUGGAAUAUGGUAGUAGUCUUUGGUCGCCUUACAUCAAGAAAUACGCGAAAUUAAUUGAAAAUGUCCAGAGAAGAGCUACCAAGUUUAUUCUAAACUAUCCUGAAGAUAUGAAGUAUACUGAUAGAUUGAUAAAACUAAACUUAUUGCCUUUAGAACACCGUAGACAAAUUUCAGACUUAACAUUUUUCUUUAAAUCGAGAAAUGGCUUGGUAACCACCGACAUUAAUAAAUUUUUGACAGUGUUUGAGCCCGGGUAUCGAACACGUAAUUAUGACAUAAAUAACUAUAAUCUAAUUAUAAAGCAUAAGCAAGAUUAUUACAGGAAAUCUUACUUCAUAAGAACAGCCGAACUCUGGAACACUUUGCCAUCUCAGGUGAAACAGUGCGAAUCCAUUCGAACAUUCAAGACUGCCAUUUAUAACUUUUAUUCAUCUAAGUGUUUGGACUAUUGUCCUCCUUAGUAUAGUAUUACCUACUCGCUUAUUUAUUUAUUUGAUUUUAUAAUUUAUUGUUGUUCCUCCGAUAUUUUUGGAGUUUUAUGUAAAGGGGUUUUGUUGCAAUUGGGACGCAAGUCCUGUCCAAACUCCUGUCAUAUACUUAUAAUUAUGAUAUUAUAUGUAAUAUAUGGCAAAUUCAUUAAACUAAACUAAACAACAACGUGGGCCUGGACGAGGAAGCAUGAUUACAGGUUUGUGUUAAUUUUAUUCAGUCAGUAUAGUUGCCCUUUAUAGAUUAAAUCAUCUGGCGCUAUACAGGGUAAUGUGACGAAGUAUAGGGUGCAUUAUGACACAAUGCUACUUGCAAAGUUACACAAGUCUAAUUUAUUUUACUUUUCGUAGAGUAUGUAGUGAAACUUGUGACUUGGUACAUAUAGUAUGUUACCUAACUUAUCUGUACAAUACAUGCUACCAAACAAGCAAUCAAUGUUCUAGGUAAAAGCACUCAUAAUCAGCGGAUUGAGAGACUUUGGCGAGAUGUGUUUGAUGGUUGUCUCAGUUUGUUUUAUGACCUGUUCACUUCAAUGGAAGAACAAGGAUUUUUGAACAGAGAUGACGAAACACACAUAUGGUGUUUACAUUAUAUUUUCCUGCCCAUUAUUAAUCAGCAUAUAAAGAACUGGAGAGAUGCAUGGAUCCAUCAUCCAAUUCGAACAGAGAAAAACAGAACCCCAUUUCAGCUCUGGGUGACUGGAUUGCAGCUGGCAAGAAGAGUUCAAGCACAUAAUAUUGUUGAACCAAUAGAGGUACUGUACACACCAACUGAUACUUGUUACAGUAGUAGAAAUACCAAUGAUGAUACAAGAUAAUACUAAUUUUCAAGAUAAUCAUAAAAUUUAUUAAUUUUUUGAAAACAGUUAUUUUUAUCAUGAAAAUUUAAUUUGAUUUUAGGAGCAUUAUGAAUAUUAUGGCGUUGACUGGCAUGGACCAAUACCUGACCAAGCUCCGGAAUUGGUGGAAGUGCCAAGUACCAUGUGCCCAUUUAAUGAUGAGCAGCUUCGUAUAUUACCAGAGAAUGUGGGUCUAACAUAUUUGGAAGGAGUUGAGACAUUUCGCACUAUUCUUCAGUUAGCACAUUGA